UGAAGGGUCAAAGGUAACAUACCCGGAAGUGAGUAGAGGACAGUGUGGGGAGGGCGACCACACCGCUUGUUUCUCCAACACCUGCUCUUUGUAAGACUUUGCGACGGCUUUCACCAGCUCACAGGACUAUGUCAUGUAGGAGACGAAUUGAAGAGCUCAGAACAUCUAUGUGAUACCAGAGGAGAAAGUGAGGCAACUCAGAUGCCGCCAGAUACAGACAGUGGUAAGAAUGAUGAUGGCACAGAACUUCUCACUGGUGGCAAUCAGGAAAUAAUAAGAAGUAAUGAUACCGAGGAGUCAUUCUUUGACAGUGCUGCAAAUAUAUUAGCAGGACAGUCAGGAAAAGUCAUACAGUGUUCUGAGGAUCUUGACCAUGAGGAUGGAAAUAGUGAGGGAGUUAUAGGAAAUGAAACACUGGUACUUGGGGUGGAAGAGAGCCAUGCUGAAACUCAUGAACCACAGAAGGAAGAGGUGACUACAGCUGAGGGCAAAGAAGAAAUUGUAUCCAGAAUAUUUGUAAAUGAAAGGGAUGCAAAAGAUGAUGGAGAGAUGGAAAAACUCAAAAGAGAUGACAUAAACCCUAAACCUUUGUUGUCAGAGAGACUGAAUGAAAGAGAAACUGAAGCUUGCGAACAGUUAGAGGAUGGAGCAGCAGCAGCAGUAGAACUAGAGGAGGAUGAGGAGAAGGAGGAGAUUUUUGUGGAUGAGGAAUACAAGAAGGAGAUGGAAAAAGACCUCACAGAAGAAGAAAAAGAGACAAGGAGGUUGGAAGCAGCAGACUUAAAAUCCCAGGGAAAUGAGCACUUCAAAAAAGGAGACUUCACCACAGCAAUGCAGACGUACACCCAGGCGCUGGUGCUGUGCCCGCUGUGUUAUGAACAGGACAGAGCUGUCAUGUACAGCAACAGGGCAGCCUGCAGGGUCAAGAUGGAGGAAAAUGAGAUGGCUGUUGAAGACUGCUCCAAAGCCCUGGAGCUGCAGCCUGACUAUGUGCGAGCGCUGCUGAGACGUGCGCAGACGUAUGAAGUUCUAGAGAAGCUGGACGAGGCUUUAACAGACUACCAGCGUGUGGUGGAACUGGACAGGGCCUGCCAUGUGGCCAGGGCUGCCUGCAUGAGACUGCCAGAUGAGAUCAAGGAGAGGAAUGAGAAAAUGAAGGCAGAAAUGAUGGACAAACUGAAGGACCUUGGCAACAUGGUGUUGAGGCCAUUUGGUCUGUCCACAGCAAACUUCCGUGUGGAUCAGAACCAGGACUCUGGGUCAUACAACAUCCAGUUUGUACAGAACCCCAACAACAAUGACGAGUAGGAGGGGAGGGAUGCAGAGUGGCACAUGCUGUAGCUUAUAUAGCGCUAAAUUUUCAGUGUGAUUUGAUUUUGUGCAUGAUGCCAUUAGGACACACAGAAUCAGAUGCCACAGUACGUGCGUGUAGGUAGUUCUGUUGUUGUCCUGGAUCACUGAUCACUGUCCUGGAGACAUGGUGUAGUUUGGAUGCAGUGAAUAUUGUCACAGCCACCGCUCAGACUAGACAAGGAAUUUGCUAUGACCAUAAUACUUGUGCAAUAAGCAUUAUGCAAGUCACCUUCUUAUUGUGCAGCAUUGUUUGAAUCUCCUUCUCAACUUUGCCAUUGGAUUUGAUAGAUAAUGUAGUUGAUAUUCCUCAGCAUGUAUUGAUUAGAAGCAUUUAUAGCAAAAAAAUGUAGUGAAACAUAGUCCAAGAGAGCAACAAUAAUUCUGGGAUGUCGUAAUUUCUAUGUCUGAUCUAUUUCUUAACACAUCCCUUCUGUGCUCUUUUCUUUUUGCUCAAUCCUUUUGUUAUUGAAUACAGAUGUCUGUUGUGUCCAGUGUUGACACAUGUCUGGUCACCUGUUGAUGUAACCUUGUGUGCUGAUAGUGAGCACUUUUGACCACAUUUGUCACACCUGUGGGAGUAAGAAGGCUAUUUGGUCUAGAUGAUAUGGAUUUACUUGGUUGUUAGGUAAUUAUGACUGAAUCUUCCAGAACAGACUUGAUAUUUGCAAAUAAAUGACUAAAUACUGUAAUACUAUGGCUUUGUAUCUAUAAAAAGUAAAUAAGUCAAUUGA